AUGGAGAGUCUCAUGGACCCUGAGACACUGGCUAGUGGCGAGGGUAAAUUGAUUGGACCUGCUGCUGCCCUAAUCCUCGAUACAAAGAGGCACGAGGAUGAUGAGAAGGAGGAUAAGGGAAGUUUGAAUAUCAGAAUUCACUUGGAUCUUCAUGCCAAGAUUAAAUUGGGCUUGGAGGCGGAUCUAUAUGGAGAUGUGGUGAUUGGGUUGUUGUGA